UGUUCAGUGUCUGUUACCUCCGCUUCACUCUCGCUUGCCCGCCGCCAACCGCCAACCUCUAGUACACGCAGAUGGGCCACUCCGUAACGGACGGCACGUGCAUUGGAACACUGUCGCGACGCGCUUGAGGCACUCGUACCGUUCCACAGCUCGAACACGACGGGAUCAAGCGCAAAACGAGUCCAGACGGAGAAGUCACAAGAAUGAGGAGCAAGAGCGAUGGGCGAGGGCUAAGCAGAGAGACGAAAACCAAAUUCACGCUUGCCUCAUCUCCUGCUCACCCGCGCAUCCGUGGGUUGCGGCCGCAGGGUCAGCAUGUCAGGACGACUGGACAGAGACGAGCCCGACGAAGACGGCCCUACCGGUUCGCUCGGUUCCAGCACCUCGCGCGGCGUAUCCUCUCCACCAACUGCCUUAACCGCUCGCUCGUCACCUACCUCGUUUGGCGUGCACUCUCUGCGGCGAACCGCGGCAAGCCGCUCCUCCCCCGCCUUUGCCGCACGGUCUCUGACUCGGUGUUCUACGUGGAAUUCCUGCUCCUCAUCCCACGGACGCCGCGCCACAUCGACUUGCAGCACUGGGACGAGGUGUACGGCCCGAAGUACGAGAUAUCGACGAAGACGGAGUGUGAGUGCAUGCGAAAUCUGACGGCGCGCGACCAGCCGACGACACAAGCCCGUUGGUGCAAACCCAUACCGCGCACGGACCCACUGGCAUCGAAGAAUUGGCCGCCUAACAGAUACGGAUCACGAACCGACGCGCACGGGUACGACGCGGGCCAGUUCGCCGUACAUAAUGCUCGGUACAGC